AUUUUUUUUGAAGGACCGCUUGCUUUCUUUCCGGGUUGGAUACGGGGAAGCUCCAAGGAAGCUAGAAAAAGAGAACUUCUAGCCAGAAGUUUUUUUGUAGAAACGAGAGCUUGCCACGUGGCAAUCCCAUGCAUCACAUAUCCCAAUACUAAAGGAAAAGCGUAGUCUGUAAUCCUUUAUAGGGUUUGAGCAAUUCAUUUCAGAGUGGAAGGAUUGGUGUGAGGGAGCAGGGAGCAAAUUUCUGCGUGCUGGAGCUUUUCAAUCUUUCAUCACGGCUUUGAAUCUCAAGUUUCGGAAUUCCGUAGGGAGUGUGGAUGUUGCCAGGAGUUUCUGCAUAGCACGCGUUCUGAGUUCUCCUUCUUUCCACGGUGGUCGCGGGGCCGCUCCUGCUGCAGGAGGGCACCCAUCAGAUCUUCUGAAUUUGGCUGGGGGCGGUGCCGGAGCUCUGUUUUCUCUUGAUUGCCUCUAGGCAAUCAUUUGGCUCUUGCAACCUUGCAAGGCAAAGUUGAGGACAAAUUCAAUGGAGUCAAAGAUGUUGACAAUCAGGAGGAUUCCAACAAUUGUAUCCAACUAUCAGGAGAGUCUUGAAUCCAAGAUUGGGUGCGGCAAGAAUUGUUUGGGAUCUUGUUGCAUUCCUGGAGCUAGACUGCCUCUUUAUCUAUUUGGAAAUCAGGAAUUGGAUGAACAUGGAGAAAUUCAAUCAAAAGAGUUGGGGCAAAAUUCCUUUCUUGAUUCAGCAAUUCUUGGUCAAUGGGCAGAUAAGCAAGCAGAAGGACUUUUUCGUUAUGAUGUCACUGCUUGUGAUACAAAGGUCUUACCAGGAAAAUAUGGCUUUAUAGCUCAAUUAAAUGAGGGCCGACAUUUGAAGAAACGUCCAACUGAAUUUCGUGUGGAUCAGGUUUUACAACCUUUUGAUCAUAAGAAAUUCAAUUUUACAAAGGUCGGUCAAGAGGAAAUGUUAUUUUGCUUUGAGCAAAGUAACAAUGAUAAAAGUUAUUAUCAUUCAAAAGCAUAUAUUAGAGGUAGCCCAAAUGUGGUGGUGAUUAAUGUGAGUCCAAUUGAAUAUGGGCAUAUAUUAUUAGUCCCUCGAGUAUUGGAUUGCAUACCACAACAUUUAGAGACUGAUACAUUUCUUUUGGCAAUUUAUAUGGCAGCAGAAGCAAGCAGUCCAUUCUUUCGCUUGGGCUAUAAUAGUUUGGGUGCAUUUGCAACAAUAAAUCAUCUCCAUUUUCAGGCUUAUUAUUUGGGAAAUUGUUUUCCUGUGGAGAAAGCUCCAACCAAAUUAAUACUUCACCACUAUAAAGGUUUUAAAGUAUAUCAACUAGAAAACUAUCCAGUUAAGGGUAUUGUUUAUGAGGUUGGAGAAAGCAACUUUGAAGAAUUAGCAUUUUAUAUUAUCAAGGUUUGCAAGGGGCUUCAAGGACGAAACAUUCCUUAUAAUAUUCUUAUCGCUAAUAAAGGAUGUCAAAUCUUUUUAUUUCCACAGUGUUAUGCUGAGAAACAAGCUCGUGGUGAAGUUGAUCUUGAGAUUUUAGAAACUCAAGUGAAUCCUGCAGUGUGGGAAAUAAGUGGUCACAUUGUUUUGAAGCGGAAAGAAGAUUUUGAGAGGGCCACUGAGGAGUAUGCUUGGAGAUUACUGGCAGAAGUUUCAGUAUCAGAAAAAGUAUUUGACGAGAUUAUUAAACUUGUCUUCUCCUCAGCAGAAGACAAGUUUGAUGCUAAACUCUAUCACAAGAGUUUAAUCUCUACAGAUAUCACUUAUUACACCGUGGGGGAGAAUGUCAUUAUGGUGUAGGAGCUUUUAUAUAAGCAUAAUAAAGCUAGUAGUUUAGGAAAAAUAGCAAUUGUGUAAAUAAAUAAGCAAUUAUAAUGCUACUCUUAGCUUAGGAAAAAA